ACAAAUAAUAAUAAUAAUACUCGUUUUUGUGCUGCAAAGAUGGCGGAGAACGACAUAGAUUUGUAUGCUGACGAUAUAGAUCAAGAUUUUGCACAGGACGAUUUCGUUGGUGAAAAUGUCGAUUUGUACGAUGAUGUCAUUUCAACCCCUGCUACAGGAGGCGGUGGUGGAGAUAACGCUGAAACAAAUCAUAAUUCGAAUGCUGAUACAAAUAAUGAAGAAACAAAUGGUACAACAACUUAUCAAACCCAGGGGAAUAAUAUAACACCUACUACAAUUGGUCGUAGACAUCAAUUGUAUGUUGGAAAUUUGACUUGGUGGACGACUGAUCAAAACAUAGCCGAUGCUGUUCGUGACAUUGGCGUGAACGAUUUUCACGAAGUAAAAUUUUUUGAGCAUCGCGCGAACGGACAAUCCAAAGGUUUUUGCGUUAUUUCAAUGGGUUCGGAAGCGAGUGUUCGAUUAUGUAUGGAACGUUUGCCGAAAAAAGAGAUAAACGGUCAAAAUCCAGUUGUAACGUAUCCCACGAAACAAGCAUUAAGUACUUUCGAAAGUCAGUCGAAAACGCGUCCUUCGCCACCGAACUCUUCAGGUCCCAGAGGUCAACACCCGGGGCAAUCAAAUCAAAACAUUCCUUCACAAAAUUUCCCUCGUAUGCCUAUGGGUUCACCCAUGAGAGGUCCCUUACCCCAUCCGGGUAUGCAAGGACCUCAAGGUCCGAGGAUGCAAGGUCCUCCACCGGGUUUUAACGGUCCUCCGGGACAAAUGAACCAAGGACCCCCAAGAUUUCAGAAUCCACAGUGGAAUGGUCCGCGGCCGAAUGGACCUAUGCCUGGUCCAGGACCAAAUCCUGCACAGAUGAGACCAGGUGCUCCACCUCCUGGAAUGCAAGGGCCACCUCGACCACCGAUGGACGGCAUGUAUCUUGAGGACUUGUUUCAGCAACAAUUUCAAGGACCUCCUCAGCAACAAGGUCCACCUCGUGGUCCGCCCAAUCAAGGACCUCCUCCUCAAGGUGGUGGUCCGAGACCUGAUUGGAAUCGACCGCCCAUGCAACAGGGAUUUCCUCCUCAAGGCCCACCAAUGCAGGGACCACCUAAUAUGGCACCCAGAGGUCCUCCACCUAUGAGUGGCCCACCAGGAGUACCGCAACAAGGACCGCCUCAGGGACCACCUGCUCCCCACGUGAAUCCCGCAUUCUUCCAACAAGGCGGACCCCCACCACAGAUGCAACAUCCUGGUAUGCAACCAGGUCCAGGGGGUAUGCCGCCACAUCACGGACCACCACAAGGUCCUCCUCAUGGUCCACCGCACGGUCCUCCUAUGGGUCCCAACCAGGUACCUCCCCACGGACCUCCGCAUAGUUAUGGUCCGCCGUCAGGUGUGCCCCAAUCUCAGUAUGGAGGUCCCGGUUCUGUGGCUCCGGAUCAUCGGCCAGACAUAGCUCAAUUAAGUGAGCAGGAGUUCGAAGACAUAAUGUCGCGCAACCGAACUGUAUCGAGUUCGGCGAUAGCACGGGCGGUAUCAGAUGCGGCUGCUGGAGAGUAUGCGAGCGCGAUAGAAACGCUUGUUACGGCCAUCUCGUUAAUCAAACAGUCAAAGGUUGCGGCUGACGAUCGAUGCAAGAUAUUGAUAAGUUCGUUGCAAGACACAUUAAGAGGGGUCGAAGAUAAGAGUUACAGUUCGGGACGCAGGGACCGGUCAAGGUCCAGAGAAAGAACCCACAGGAGAGGAAGACGCGACAGGUCAUCUUCAAGGUAUAGGGAAAGAAGUAGAGAUAGAGAUCGUGAUCGUGAUAGAGAUCGUGAACGUGAUCGAUAUUAUUCUGACUACAGGGAACGGGAUAGGGAAAGAGAUAGAUCUCGCAGUAGAGGCGAGAGGGAACGUGAACGUGAAAGAGAAAGAGAUUACAGAGACAGGGACGCCGAAGAUUCUUCUCGCGUGUCCCGCCCAAGGAAAUCUUCACCGGAAGCAGUGGACGCAGCAGGAGAUCCCUCGUCAAAAUCUCGUUAUUACGAAGAUCGCUACAGAGAACGCGAAUCAGGCAGGAGAGAUGCCGAACGGGAAAGGGACCGUGACCGAGAUCGUAGGGACGAGUCCCAUCGUUCACGACAUUAAGGAUUUAUUUUCACUUAUCAUGUGACGCUCUAUUUAAAAUCUUAACUAGAUUACUGUCAAUGUAACAUUACUGAUUAAUAUGUAUUGUAAACGAAAAUGUGUUAGAUUCUCUAUUCGUCGGUUUCCCUUUGUUUCUGUCAGGAACCGACUUUUCUGUUUUAAGUAAAAUAUUACCAAAUAGUAGAGCUCAAAUGUACGAUGAAAUUUCGAUUUUAGUUUCAAUGUAUCUUUUAAAUAAGUAAUCGCGUGCGUGUCGUUUUUCUUUUUUCUUGCGUUUAAUCUUACAAAGUAGACUUAAUUAAUUAAGGAUUCAAAAAGAUUAAGGAAAAAGAGGAAGAGGAAUGAAGAAAGAAGGAAUCGAUGGAAGGGCAACUUGGAAAAGAAGAUUGUAUUCUUUCACGUGGAUGUUAUAAAAAAAUAUUUGUACAAAUUGUGUUAAUUAUUUUACCACGAACUGAAUCUCAUCCCUUCAUUACCUUUCUCCAUAUUUUAUUUUUACGUUUGUAGAAGUAGUUGUAUGAUGUGUAAGUAUUGGUUGUAUAAUUAACUAAAAUGCGGAAAGUUUCUUUACGUAAGACGAAAAAAGGUUUAAUCAGUAUUUUUUUUAAUAAGCUGGUGUAUUUGUUUAGUGAUUGUAUUUUUUGGAUUGGCAAAUUUUAUUUAAGUCGAAAUUUUUUUUAUUCAUUGAUUAAAGGAGUCUAGUCAAAUGGAUGAAAAAUAUUGUGACGCCCCAUUUUUUUUGUACAUUAUUAAAUUGUUUUCGACUUUACAUAAAUAAUAUGUAGUUUACAAUAAGCCUUAUCCACUGAAUCAAGGCUCGUGUCUUAAAAUAUGUUCAAAUUUAAAAUUUCUUCGUUAUUAAUACAAGAAUAGCAAUGCCAAUCAUUUUUGACUUUUUUAAAAGUUGUAAAGUAUAUCAGUACAAAUUAAGAUUAAAUUUUAUAAAUAUUUCUAUAAUUCUUUAUGUAAGAUAUAAUACACAUAUGUAUUUUUUUAUUUGACCGCAAUAUUUAUUUUAAUAGCUAUUUUUUGUU